CUAAGUGGACCGCAGAUAAAGUUCAGUGGUUUUUAUGACUGACUGUAUUGAGUAUUACGUGUAUCAAAAUGCCGUAAAAAUUGCAAAUUUUUAUUUACAAAUUUAUUCUUGAAGUAAUUCUUAAGGAUGGCAUUAAUUAUAAGAGCUUGUGCAUUUGCCCAAAAGAAACUUUCAAGACUUACUUACUUUCAAGACUUCAAUAAUUGGAGUCCUGUUCUAACCUAUAUUACACACAACGGUUAUAAUCUUCAGAGAUUUUCUGCAGCACAUGAUAUAAGGUAUUUAUCAACAAAUAAUCAAGAAAGCUCUAAAAAAAGAGUUGAGAUUUAUUAUGGAAGCUUAACAAGGCAAAUUAAAGCUCUCAAGCUUUUCUCAUUGUUGACAUCCACUGGUGGCUUAUUGGCUCAGCCGUUUCUUUAUUUAAAAGCGAUAGAAAGUGGUAAUACAGGAGCUGUUUUAGGAAUUUCUGCUUGUAUUGGAUUUUUGGCUGUGACUACUCCUUUUUUAAUACAUAUAAUAACGAAGAAAUAUGUAACGCACUUAUAUUAUGAUACGGAAGAAGACAAAUAUAUUGCAAAUACAUACAGUUUAUUUGCUCAGAAGAAGGAGAUUACGUUUACACCAGAAGAUGUAGUGGUACCAGAUAUAACUGGCAUGUUCGCAAAUUGUAUUGUGAAGGGUACACCUUUAUUUUUGGAACAAGGCUUUUUCUAUGACUGCAAUCAUUAUAUCCGAAUAAUGGGAUAUGAUAAACCAAUAGAUUUUAAAUUGAAUACUAAUAAUAAUCUUAAUCAAACCAUUGCAGUAGAUAGUAGAUACAAAAAUCAUAUGAAUAAAAAAUAAUUACGGUGAUAUUGCAAA